GAGUUGGAUUCAUUUGGAAAUCUAUUAUAAAUUCAUAGAAUCUGUGUUGAGAAUGAUUGAUGAGACAUGAGGAUAGCAACAUUAAAAUAAAAUAUUUUUGCAUUUUUCACCACGGAGAUCUUAUUCGUCUGUGAGCAAUUAUAGCUUAUGGUCUGUCUGUGGUUGUGGUUCCUGUUGUACUUGUUCGUGUGAGGAAGGUUCGUGGUUCAGUAACAGUAAUUUAAUAGUUUCUUUUGGAUUACAAAACUUCCGUAUAAGCGUGGGUGUUCUUCAUCACGUGUCACCAACUUGCGGAGGUUGUCCAUGUUUUUUUUUCAAAAUGAUUGAAUUCACGAUAAAAACAUUGGAUUCAAAGGAUCACCGCUUUUCCGUGGAUGAUGAGAUUACUGUACAGCAGCUUAAGGAAAAAGUAUUAGACCAGAUGGGCGUUGAAAUUGGACUUCAGCGUCUCAUAUUUUGUGGAAGGGUCCUUCAAGAUGAAAAAAAAUUAGCUGACUAUGGUGUACACGGCAAAGUUAUUCAUAUGGUGCAAAGGGCGCCUCCAUAUGUGGAGGCUCAGAUGUCUGCCAUGCGGGACAGAGAACGAGAUAACUCAUACACAAGUCACGGUUCCACUAUUACUUCAGAACCGAUAAACUUGCCAUCUCUAAAUAUAAAUAACAUGUCUCGGCAACAGCUCAGAAGGCUUGUGGCAUUGGCAGCCACCGCCCAUGGAAUAGAGAUUGAGGAGCAGCCUGGGCCCAACCUCUCACCCACAGCAUCCCGCUUGGAGUUUCUUCGCGUUGUGAUUGCGGAGAUAAGAACGCACAUAUCUGCUUUAAGAAUUAUCCAACGUGAUGAAGCACGUACUUAUCCACCCGACGAACCACUGGAGUCAACGAGCACUGGAGCGUGUAGUUCCAUGGCGCAAGAGGUGAUGUGUCACAUCCAACAUCAUAGACCGCUUCUCUUUCAGCUCGAUCAUGAAAUCGAAGGUGGCAGGCGAGGCAGAGGCCGCAGGAUUCGCUCGAUGCGUCCCGGCUACCAUACCCCGCCACGCGACUUCGGUCAGAUCGUUGAACAAGUGCACGAGUUGGAAGCCGAAUUCGGGGUUUUCAGGGAAUUCUACAUCAACACCUUACGUGACGCCAGCGAUCCGGAGGUCCAUCUCUCCGAACACGUUUUGCAAUAUAGGCAGCGAAUGGCGGACAUAUGCGCCGGUUUGUACCACUCAUUCUCGCACGCUUAUCACGUAAUAAGCGACAUCGGACUCCUCAUGAACCACGGCAACACGCGGCUCACCUCUGAAGCGUUGAUGCGCCAUCCUUUGCCGGUACAUGCUCACAUAAACGUGGUGCAAACGGUACCUACACGACGCUCGGUAAAUGUCACUGCGCCCGGUAACGGGUCGGGCCAAGCGCAGCCCACUGAAGCUCAAGAGGCCCAGACCAGCGCCGGACUAGCCGGUAGGCACACUACCCAACCGACUGUCAAUAUAAACAUUCAGCCUGAUCCUGUCACAUAUCAAGUAGAGAUUGAAACCGCGGUACCUAUACCGAUCAACAUCGAAAAUGUUUUUAUGAACGGUACUAAUACUAAUCAGGGCGAACCAAAUCCCAAUAAUCAAAACCAAAACAACCAAAGCCAGCCACAGCAUAACCAGAACGAUGCUGCUCAACCCAAUCAGGAUGGACCAAACGAUCGCCGUCAAAUCAUGUUCGAGUUUGAGAAUAUUAUAAGGGGACUGAGACAGGCUGGCAGCCUCGAGGGAGUGGAGGUCGUGAUGAGUAUGGAGGAGAUCCCACAGGGCAAUGGGGGUGCCAAUAACAACAACUCGGCAGCUGAGGGCUCUGAGCCGACCGAGGGCGGAGGUAAUAAUCAGCCUCGAUCAUUAUCUGGACCGCAAAUGUACCUGGCCCAGACUGCUGACAUAUUACACAACAUUGUGGCUUCAGUGUUCCGUCAGGGUCUAGUCCCAGGAAUGGAAGGGGUGGUGCACACUCAAGUGCAACAGGUCCAGGGUCAAAGUCAGACCCAAGGCCAAAGACAAGGCCAAGGCCAAAGCCAAGCCCAGGCCCAGACCCAGUCCCAGGCUGAAAAUCAGCCUCAGGCUCAAAACCAAUCCCAGGCCCCAAAUCAGACUCCGACCCAGGAACAAUCUCAAGAGAAUCAGCCCAAUACCGAGCAAAACGCAAACGCGAAUUCGGCAAGCGCCAACCAACCAAGGCAACAAGCUCGUAGCCGUGGCCCAAGGGCCCAUUCACAGACCGUGUCCAUCUUCAACCUGGUUUACGACAGGUUCUUGCCGUGCGACAGUCUUCACGCUAGGCGUCAACUGCAAAGACGUCGGGAAGAGAGCAGCCAGGCUGGCGGACCUCUCCUACGCGAUAAUAGCUCCACUCGAAUACAGAACAACGUUGAAACUCUGUUUGAGAGGUUCGAUAGGCAUGCAAUUGACCAAGAGUCAUUGAUGAUCGCUGCUAUAGUGACACUGCGCGAGGCGACCUCGUUCUCCGUAGGACGCACUCUUGAUCCGGAUGAGUUACUGCCUCUCCGCCAGCGUCUGCAGGUGUACAUGCGCGACAUGAUGCAGGGCGAGUACGAAGUGGGCACUCAGGAACAGCUGGCUGACCUCAUUUUCGAGCGACACUCUGAAUUUAUUGAGCGCAUUGCAACAAUCACCCCAAUGCGUCGUAACGUCGACGUGACUGCAUCCAUGAAGGCGGUAUUCAUCCGCUUUCUGAACGAAGCGAUGGUGGUUCUGUAUAUGGAGAACAACGAUGUGUUCUCGCGUCGAUUCCGCAUCGUUUUCCCGCGCAUGUUCUACGAGCUUUGCGGAGUCAUAUCGUACUGCUGCUUGGAGGGAGUUGAGGGACUGAGGAAGAUAUAUCGCUCGUUCCUGACCGAUUUGAUUCAAAAUGUGGACGAACCAGUCCGCGAUCUGCUGCACAGCCUUGCCAUGGAGAACUUGAACGCUGCGAUCAUUCGCGUGGAGAGCAACAAGAUACACUACCCGCAGUUUAUACGCCGCAGAGAUCAGGCUUCGUGCUCGCCUAGAGUCAAUAAACCACCACGACCACUUGGUACGAGACAGCCAAGGUACUUUGGAGGCCUAAGGAGCAUCGACUCGGACAGUGAAUCACCAAAAGCGGACGAACCAGAGAAGCCCAUAGACGAAUCGGAUGACACAGAAGACACUGAGGAUAGUGAAGACACAAAGGACACGGAGGAGACUCAGAAAGCACAGGAUUCAAGUCCUAUGGAGUUAUCACCCCAAGUUGAUGCUAUGCAAACGUCACCUGCGGCACCCACCGUCGAGCCCACUGAGGGAUCAGUCAGUGAAACCACAGAACCCGCUGCGAACUCUUCGCCCGAUGUCUCUCCGCCCGUUUCUGCUACCGGGGCCGUACCUCGCGUCAUCGUCACCCAAAACCGAGGCCGAGUGAAUGAGGAUAUGAGCUCUGCUCAGAAUGCCUCGGACAAUAUUGGAAACAUCGAGAUGCCGGCAGACGAUUCCCCUACACACAAUCGUGGCCGAUUCAGGAGGGAUGAACCCCAAUACGGCACGGACGGUAACGCUGAGCAGUAUAGUCAGGUAAACGAAGACGACAGUGGUCUGGAUUGGUCUGAAGUACCUGAAGAAAACGACGGCGGCUCUUAUGAUCCACGCGGUCGCGUUUCCGCUAUGCACAACCGUGGCAGGUUCAGGAAGGAAUUGCUUCGCUACCCCGGGUCGGGGCAUAGCAUUGUGGCGGACGUAGCAGGCGCUGCUCAUAGAGCGACUCCGAGUCCUCCUCUAGAGCCUGUUGGCCUUGAGGAAUUACAGCCAGUACGCGUCGAUUCCAUUCGUGGACGAUUCAGGCAAGAGACUUCACGUCCUGCCUCGGAGGGGCAAAGUAGCGGGUCAGCACCUGCUCCGCUCGGUCCGAUCGUCCCGGUUGGCCCUCCAAAUGGGUUGGUUAGCCCCCGUAUCGACCAAAAUGGACGCGUCUCAACUAUGCACAGCCGGGGCCGGUACAGGCCCAGUCGACAACCAAAGUCCGGCUCGACUACGGAAAAUUCUACGGAUGACUUAAUUUUCGUGCCACCUGCGCACAUAGCGCAACACUGGGGCGAGGAGUGGGUGCCCGCGUUCACGCGCGAUCUGCAGCGUCAGCGCGCGGCCGAGCCCGACGAACCGUACAGCGACGCCUAUCUGACAGGCAUGCCGCCCAAGAAGCGCCGCUGCGUGCGUCAGGCCCGACCGCCUACAACGUUGAACGCUUUCAUCACUGAGAGCGUGAACGAGGUGUCGGAGCCGCUAGGCGCAGUGCCGGGCGAGGAGCUGCGCGCCACGUUCCGCGAGCACGUGCGCAGCAUAGCUCGCGCGCGCGCCGCCGCCAGCCGCGACUACGAGCCGCGCCGAUUCGCAGCCACCGCGCGCUUCCUCAACCAGCCCAGGACUAAUGCGCGGAGGUCGCCGGAAAAUAACGGUGAUUAAAGGACUUCCCAAAAACUAGUACUCGCGAUUGGGUCAAGUUAAAAAGUUAAAAGCACCGUCAUUAAUAGCUUUAUAUAAUACACACUGUAUAUAAUGUUUUAUUUUAUUUUACACCUUGACAAUUUAUGACUUAAAAAAUUAUUUCAUUUUAUCACUUUCAUUAUAGAUGAAUUCAAUUUAUAGUACAUUAUUUCAAACAGUUAACUUUUUAACUUGUUAACCAAUACACAAAAAUGUGUUGUCUGUAAACGUAAACAAUUAUAUUACUGUGAAUUAAAAACUACUUUAUUAUGUAAGUUUACUAUAUGAACAGAUUACGUCUGUUUUCGACUCUCACAUCAUUUUACUUGAUUUUUUGUCUAGAGCAAUAUAUACAGGGUGUUUGGUAAUUAGUAUAUAAUGACGACACGCGCCCAUGCUACUUUGAUCUGAUAAAUACAAUGCUGAAGUAAAAUGACGAAAUAAAAU